AAAUAUUGCCAGCGGAAAAUGGAAUGUGGCUGUGCGAACAACUUUUUGGGGCCAUCGUUGGACCAAACAUGCGGAGGUUCGAUAUUCCUAUUUAUGACCCUACUAGACACUUUUAUAAGAAAUGCUUGCGAUAUAUCAGAAGCAUGUGAAAGAGUAAUUCCCCGCAGAAGGCCAGAUCCUGAGUACGAUUUUGUAGUGAUCGGAGGCGGUAGUGGCGGUGCUACUGCUGCGGGAAAAUUGGCAGAGGUACCGGGUUGGAAAGUGCUGUUAAUAGAGGCUGGAAAUGACGAACCGCCAGGGUCACAGGUUCCAUCAAUGGUAGUGAGUUACCAUGGAAAUAAGUACGUUGAUUGGAAAUACAAAACCGAACCGGAAAAAGUGGCAUGUCAAGGAUACCCUGAAAAAAGAUGCAGUUGGCCUAGGGGUAAAGUCCUUGGUGGAUGCAGUGUCAUUAACGGAAUGAUGUAUACUAGAGGCACACCGAAAGAUUACGACUCAUGGGCUGCAGCCGGUAAUGAGGGUUGGAGUUAUAGAGACGUCCUUCCGGUGUUCAAAAGAUUCGAAGACAACAAAGAAAUCGGAACACUCGUAGAAGCCGAAUUUCACGGAACUGGCGGACCUUUGACGACUUCACGCUUCAACGAUCAACCUGAAUUGGCUUACGAUAUCUUGACAGCCGCUAAACAAAGCGGCCAGAAAGUUAAUAAAGAUCUCAAUGGCAGAGAUCCUAGCGGAUUUGCGAUCGCUCAGUCUAAUACGAGAAACGGUGUUAGAUUAAGCAGUGCUCGUGCCUAUAUAAGGCCACAGAGGUAUAACACUAAUCUGCAUGUAAUGCUUAACUCAACCGUGACAAAAAUUAAUUUGAGAAAAGAUGGAAAACAAAAAAUUGUUGACAGCGUAGAAUUUGUUUACGAAGAUAAAAAAUAUACGGUGAAAGUAAAAAGCGAAGUAGUCCUAGCCGCAGGAGCUAUAAACUCUCCACAAAUUCUUCUGCUUUCAGGAAUUGGUCCAAAAGCUGAUCUUGACAAGGUUGGAAUUCAACAAGUUCAUGAUCUACCAGGCGUAGGAAAAAAUCUAAAGAACCACGUCACUUUUUAUAUCACUUAUUUGCUAAAGAAAAAGAAGGAUUUUGUAGAUCUAGAUUGGGCCACGGCUAUGAACUACAUUGUAAAUAAAAAAGGACCUAUGUCAUCAACAGGUAUGUCACAGGUGACAGCACGAAUCAACUCAAAAUACGCAGAUCCAAGUGGCAGCAACCCAGAUCUUCAAAUAUUUUUUGCAGGAUACUUAGCAAAAUGUGCUAAGACAGGCGAAGCCAGAGCGCUUGAAGAUCCAGAAAAACCAGACAAUCCAAAAACUUUAACAAUGUCUCCAGUUACUUUGCACCCCAAGAGUAAAGGAUAUGUCACACUGAAAUCCAAGAAUCCACUUGAUGCUCCAUUGAUGGUAGCCAAUUAUUUGUCUGAGCCAGAGGAUGUGCAGGUAUUAGUUGAUGGAAUAAGAGUGAUUCAAAAACUAAUGAAUACUACUGUUAUGAAACAAAAAUAUGGACCUGAACUUAUAAAGGAGGAUUAUGGAGAAUGCAACAAAAAAUAUAAACAUGACUCUGACGACUUCUGGCAAUGUGCAAUAAGGUACUACACCGGUCCAGAAAACCAUCAGGCGUGUUCACUUAAAAUGGGACCAUCUUCAGACCCAAUGGCUGUUAUUGAUAAUAGACUUAUGGUUCAUGGUAUCGAUGGUAUUAGAGUUAUGGACGCAUCUGCAAUGCCAAUUUUAGUAUCUGGUAAUACUCAUGCCACAAUAGUUAUGAUGGCAGAAAGAGGUGUUGAUUUUAUUAAAGCUAGGUGGAGACCACAACCCAUUGUUAAUAGAUUUGGAAACAAUAAUCCCUUAAGUGGUAAUAACUCUCCUGGAGCACAUCAAAAUCCUUCAGUUAAUAACGGCGUUAACCACGUAGGUGUCGGAGAUAGAUUUGGGGAAAAUGAUCCAUUCUACGAUCAUCCAUCAUGGAAUCCGAACAGCGCAGGAGUAAAAGGACACAACUACCAUUAUUACCAUGGGGUUAAAAGUGGCGUGAAAAGUAGAUAAAGAGAAAAGGAAGUUUUAUUUUAGAAAUAAUAAAAUAUAUUUAUUUGUCGGAAUUUAUUGGUAUGUAAUAUUCAUCAAAUUGUUUUUGAUUGAAUCGUACAAGUGUAUAAAUAUUGUGAGUAAAAAAUGUAUUUACCGAU